CUGCAAGUCUGGUAACGAUAGUGCGCACGCUCGGCCUAUGACGUUCAGGAGCUGCAGAUCGGGCAGCUCCCUGUAAAGUUUAAUGGAAAGAAAAACAAAGCAAAACAAAAAACCGUGAAGUAUAAUGUGGUGUAGGUAUGCGCGAAGGUAGGGCUGCAGGCGCAGAUGUGCAAGCUGCAAAUCUGGCAGGAGUUGCAGAUCGAGUAGUGAUAAUUGUACGCAUCGAAAUAUGCUACCAGGAGACUCAACGCAUGCGCAGAACUCAAUCUCGGGUUCAUCUCGACUGUUUUUUCCACGCCCAUAAAUCUAUGCUACCUUCGUGUGGAAACAUCGGGUUUUGCUAUGGAGAAGAAGUGGGAAGAAGUGUAUGACUUUCUUUCUCUGAGAACAUACCCUUCAGGGUAUAGCAAGUCCCAGAAAUUAAAUCUUAGGAGAUACGCCUCCAAAUUCACGGUAAAGGGAGGAGAUAUAUUCUAUGGAAGCAGAAGAGCUAUUAAAACGAAAGAGGAGGCAAAGAUGCUCUUCAAGGAAUUUCACUUCUCUGCCAUGGGGGGGCACUCGGGCGUCCUAAAAACACGUUCUGCAAUGUGUUCCAGAUUUUACUGGCUUGGCAUGUCCAUUGAUGUUCAGAACUGGGUCUUGGAGUGUGAUAAAUGCAGGAAGGUUGUAAAGCCAUUGACUGCUCCACGGUCAUUUCAGUAUAUUAAGCUCAACCCCAAGUUUCUCCACACGAACUCCACCAGCCACACCUGGCCAUUUGGGGCCAUUGCGGAACUGAUCGACAAUGCAUACGACCCAGAUGUCAUGGCCAAGCAGUUCUGGAUUGACUGGACUCGGAUAAAGGGGUUCGAUUGCCUUACAUUUCAGGACAACGGGAGCGGUAUGACCAAGAGCAGGAUGUACGAGUUGUUGAGCUUUGGAUUCAGUGAUAAGCAAGUUGUCGGAGGCCAUACCCCAGUCAGCCUUUAUGGAAACGGCUUCAAGUCCAGCUCCAUGCGUCUGGGGAAGGACACCAUCGUCUUCUCCAAGACAAGGGACACUAUGAGUGUGGGGCUGCUGUCCCAGAGCUACCUGGAGAACAUCCAGGCCAAGCAUGUGGUGGUCCCCAUCGUCACCAUCGAACAUGAUGGGCAGAGCCCAGUUGAGGAUGCAGCCAGGCUGCAAAACAUUCUCAAACACUCCCCCUUCAACACAGCGAAGGAGCUCCUCACUGAGCUGAGGGCCAUUACCUCCAUCAGCUCUACCGGCACACGCAUCAUCAUCUGGAACCUGCGCAGAGUGGCGAAUGGAGAGACAGAGUUUGAUCUCAGCACGGACAGGUAUGACAUCCGGAUCCCAGCAGAUGCGUGUGAGGUUUACAAGCACCGAGGCGUCACACAGUCAGUACCGGAGAUCAUCUACUCGCUGCGUGCGUACUGCAGCAUCUUGUACUUAAAGCCUUGCAUGCAGAUCAUCAUCAGAGGUCAGAAGGUGAAGACGCAGCUCAUCUCCAAGAGCCUGGCAUUCACCCUCAAGGACCAAUACAAACCCUCCUUCCUUAAAGAAAAUAUCCGAAUCACCUUUGGAUACAAUAUUAAAAGCAAGGAUGAGUACGGCAUGAUGAUGUACCAUAAAAACCGUCUAAUCAAGGCAUUUGAGAGGUUGGGCUGCCAGCGCAAGAGUGGUAUCCGGGGUGUCGGAGUGAUCGGUGUUAUCGAAUGCAACUUUCUGCAGCCCACACACAACAAGCAGGACUUUGACGACACUGCUGAAUACAGGAAAACUAUGAAUAACCUGGCAGUGAAGCUGCAAGAGUACUGGGAAGAAAUCCACUUCAAACAUAAAAAUGAGAACCCCAAUUGCGCAAUACCAACAGAAGAUAUUGCGAAGCAUCCAGAUCAGAUCUGGAUUCAGUGUGAUGACUGUCUGAAGUGGAGAAGGCUCCCAGAUGGUAUCGACUGCGAUCGGCUCCCCAGGAACUGGAUCUGCCGCAUGAAUCCAGAUCCCCAGUACAGGAGCUGUCAAGUAGAGGAGGAUCAUGAGGACUCAGAAGACGAGCAACAGUCUUACCCAAAACCUUACAAGAGACAGAAGAAAAGCAAUAAGAUACAGCAGAAAAGUAACAGACAACAGAUGCCAGCACCAGCGUUACCCCUUCCAGCCACACCAUUGUCAGACAGUGAGCAGUGGAGACCUGCAGAGGGCGCUCCCGCUGGCCUCUCAUCUGAGAGCUUCACCCAUCCCAGCUGCUCAGGUCACAACCUGCCCAAUGAUACCAUGCUGAUGGACUGCGAAGACUAUGUGUCCACAUCUCCGGAAAGGGUGAAGCAGGUGCCUCCACACGCUGUUGGGGUCUCGUCCAUUGACACGAAGGACAUGGAAUUGGCAGCACCCUCUGUCCCUCCUUUGAUUUCUACCACCAUCCAAGUGACCAUCAAGCAAGAGGAGACACAAGACGAUUCAUGGAUGGAGGAAGCAUGGGAAGAUAAGGUGGUGGCGAAAGUGUUGGAGGAAAAUGGACCUGAAAGCCCAAUGCUAGAGGUGCAGCAGCAGCCAGAUGGGCUACUGGACACAUACAAGGAGCAGGUGAACCAGCUCCAGCAGGAACUAGAGGAGAUGAAACACAAGUGUGAGCACCUGCAGGUGAUGGAGAUAGAGCGCGAGAUUCUCCAGAGAAGGCUGGAGGACAUGGAGCUUAAGAACAGCAGUCUGUCCUGUCAGUGUGAACAGCUGAACAUCUCACAAGAAGAAACCUGCAGAAAGCUGAGGAACCUCCGGCAACGCAUCGGCCGUCUCCUGGUCACCUUUGUCCCUACGUUAGACUUGGAAGGGAUUAACUUGAACAGUGAACUCAUGGAUGACAUGCUCGACCAGGUCUUGAAUGAGAACAGUGAGCUCUGACUUCCAUGUCUUCAUGCCGAGUGGCCAAUACAGGUCAAUUCUGACUUUGUCCAAUUUUCAUCACGUCAAGGUUUUGUAAUGAAAAUAAAAUAAACUCAAAUAUUUGCUGUAUUCUA